AGGUUUGGAAAGUUGAGCAGAAUAGGACAAAGGCUUUUUGUGGUUCCCCGGGCUAGGCUCCGGAUACCAUCACACUGUAUCACACUUUAGCUACGGUACGGUACAGUACAAUGCCCUCUCCAAUCCGAGUAUAUAUUCCCCAGAUACCGUACCCCACCGGAAUCGAGUUCUUUUCGCCUUAGGCACACAAUCUGCGUGUGGCUCGAUUUUCACGGAGCGGCUUUUUCUCACUCGACUCGACUCGACCAGAUCGCAUUGUGAUGUUACUUGCCGUACCGUUCGCUGCACUGUACGAGUAUCACACUGUAUUUUUCCGUUGAUUCCGAGUUUCGCCUUUUACGUUGAGAAAUGGCCCUGAACGGGGGUGAAUGUUUGGGGUCUACGGUACGCUCCUUCCCGGGCACCGUGGUAUCUCUUUAGGUUAUCAUACGCUGGGCACUAUGGAAGGGUUCAGGAAGGAGCCCAUAUAUGUAUGAUACGCUACAUUGCCGGGUCGGGAGCAUUAUGAUCGAGUAGAUUGGGUCGCGACUUAUCAGCGCUUCGGCACUAUACCGUACUGUGCUGUACAGUACAGCCAGCCAACCAGCCAGUGCAGCGCAGUAAGUUAGAUAGCGAACACAAGUGGUCAUCCAGUCCGACCGGCCCACAUGGUCUCUCACCCUCACCCUCAUUUCCUGUUAUUCACCCCAUUGUAUUGUAUUUCGCUCCACAAUACCUAUCACGCUGAACCUGUGUUUCGUAUCCGGCUGAUGCAAAACACCGCAGGUGGAGGAUGGCCGGCCGGAUGGAUGGAUGGAUGGAUGGAUGGAUGGACGGUCGAGUACUGUACCGUACAGUACAGUACUAGUAGAGAGUUUUUUUUAUUCGAAAAGACUCUGGAUGCGAGGCGAAUCCGGUUCCGGGCCAACCAGAUGGCCAGGAUUUGACUCUGGGGGGCGAAAUGGCAAAGGGUCCUUACUCUUAAUCCCUCGGUUCAGCUGGGCGCUGUAUGAUAAUAUCAUCAUCAAAAACCCGCAAAGUAAGCAACCACUCCCCCCCCCCACUCCACUGGCUACUUGUUCACUCCUGCCCGGAAAUAUCCAUCCAUCCAUCCCUUCAUCCACCCGACCAUGGACUACCCCCACCACCGCCCCGCUUGGAACCUCCGUAUGAGCCUCGCCAUUACUCACUCAUCUCACUCAUACCGGUAGACGGAAAAACCCCCCCAUCCAAACGAAGAAAUUUCCCCGAGCCCCUUGCGCCCCGGAGGACU